CUUCAUCUUCAUCUUCAUCUUCAUCUUCAUCUUUAUCCUCAUCCCAAAUGAAUCACUCUAACUCGACUACUACUGAAGGUUCUUUACUCCAUGGAAACCUAGACAUUUGCGUAAAACAAGCCAACAAUUUACCAAACAUGGACAUGUUCCACAAGAAACUAGGCAACAUGUUAGGUUAUAUAGGUAUAGUACCCCGGCGCCGUACCAUGUCCAAGAUAACCUCCGAUCCAUAUGUCACCAUCUCCAUUUCCCACGCCGUAAUAGCUCGCACUUACGUAAUUGAGAACAGCGAAAAUCCCGUUUGGAACCAACAUUUCAACGUCCCCAUCGCCCAUCACGCUGUUGAGGUUAAGUUCGUCGUGAAAGACGACGAUUACGUCGGUUCUCAAGAAAUUGGAGCUGUCGUGAUCCCUUCCGAGCAAAUUUACUCGGGUCUGAAAGUGGAAGGAGUCUACCCGAUAAUGAAUUCCGAGGGGAAGGUGAGUAAACCGGGAGCUUCAUUGAGCUUUUCGAUUCAGUUUAUACCGAUCAAGCAAUUCUACGAUAUCGGGGCAGGGUCGAGUGUGCCCAAUACUUACUUCCCGUUCAGACCUGGCGGGAAGGUGACACUUUAUCAAGACGCGCAUGUCCACGAGCCUUCGCUACCGAAGCUGAAGCUCGACUAUGGAAUUGAUUAUGUUCACGGGCAUUGUUGGAACGAUAUAUAUGAUUCGAUUAGCCAGGCAAGGCGGUUGAUCUAUAUUACAGGUUGGUCGUUUUUUCAUGAAGUUAAACUCGUGAGAGAUGAUGAUGGGAAUGCGAAAAGAGAUUUAAACUUAGGAGAUCUGCUCAAGAAGAAAUCGCAGGAAGGCGUGAGAGUGUUGCUUCUAGUUUGGGAUGAUCCUACUUCUCAUAGCCUUUUGGGAAUCAGGACGGAAGGGAUGAUGAAAACCAACGAUGAAGUGACUCGACAAUUUUUCAAACAUUCUUUGGUACAUGUAUUGCUUUGUCCAAGAUCUGCAAGGAAAGGACAUAGUUGGGUGAAAAAACAGGAAGCUGAAACUAUCUACACCCAUCAUCAAAAGACUGUGAUUGUGGAUGCAGAUGCAGGUGCUGGUUUCAAUUGUAGAAAAAUAAUAGCGUUUAUUGGAGGACUCGAUUUAUGCUCUGGUCGAUAUGAUACUCCCGCUCAUCCCCUUUUGAAGACGAUGAAAACCGUGCACAAGGACGACUUCAAUAAUCCAAAUUUCACAGGACCGAGUGAGGGUUGUCCCCGAGAACCGUGGCAUGAUUUGCACAGUAAGAUCGACGGUCCUGCAGCGUAUGACAUCCUAACCAACUUCCAAGAACGUUGGUUAAGAGCUUCGAGUCUGCGUCGAUUUUCGAAGAUAAAAAGACAAGGAGAGGAUGCAUUACUAAAGAUUGAAAGUAUUCAUGAAAUUAUUGGGAUGAAUGAUUUGCCAUGUCUAAAGGAGGAUGACCCUCUAGGUUGGCAUGUACAGAUCUUCAGAUCAAUUGACUCCAACUCUGUCAAGGGAUUCCCAAAAGACCCUAAAGAAGCCACAAUGAAGAACUUGGCAUGUGGUAAGAAUGUACUGAUAGACAUGAGCAUACAUUCAGCAUACGUGAAGGCAAUUCGAUCUGCACAACAUUUUAUCUACAUCGAAAAUCAAUAUUUCCUUGGAUCAUCGUAUAACUGGGAAGAUCACAAAGACUUAGGCGUAAACAAUCUGAUACCUAUGGAAAUAGCCCUAAAGAUUGCAAACAAAAUCAGGGGAAAUCAAAGAUUUGCUGCUUAUAUCCUAAUUCCAAUGUAUCCAGAAGGUGGUUCUACUAAUAAAGCUACACAAAGAAUUCUCUACUGGCAGAAUAAAACAAUGAAAAUGAUGUAUGAUGUAAUUUAUAAGGCUUUACAAGAGGUGGGGCUUGACAAUCAGUAUGAGCCUCAAGACUAUUUGAAUUUCUUCUGCCUCGGAAAUCGAGAAACACGAGAAAUCGGUGAUGUUUCAGAUGUAGGAAAAAAUGUACCCAAAAAUAGUCCUCAAGUAAAAAAUUCUUCCCUUUACCCUAUCAAUAAAUUUUUGUAUUUUCUAGCACAAAAGAACCGACGGUUUAUGAUUUAUGUUCACUCGAAAGGAAUGAUAGUCGACGAUGAGUAUGUGAUAUUGGGAUCUGCCAACAUAAACCAGCGUUCAUUAGAUGGGUCGAGAGAUACUGAAAUUGCAAUGGGUGCAUAUCAACCUCAGUUCACUUGGGAGAAGAAAGGAUCUAAACCGUUUGGGCAGAUCUAUGGUUACAGAAUGUCACUAUGGGCAGAGCACACUGGAGCCGUGGAGGACUGUUUUGUGCAGCCCGAGAACAUCGAGUGUGUUAGACGGGUGAGAGCAAUGGGUGAGGAUAACUGGCGACUAUAUGUCGGUGAGGAUUUAACUGAGAUGACAGGACACCUUCUUAAGUAUCCAGUUCAGGUUGAUAGGAAUGGCGAAGUUAGGUCAAUUCCUGGCUGUGAAACGUUUCCAGAUGUGGGUGGGAAUAUUUUGGGUACUUUUUCAAUUCCCAUUCAAGAAAACAUUACUCUUUGAUCCAACCUAAACCAUUACUUUUUCAUAGAUUUUGUACAGAGUGCCGUAUAAACUUCUAGGGUUUAUGGAGUUCUCUUAGUUUUGUGCAUUCAUUUGUUCAUA